AGAAAAAGGAAAGUGAAAGGACGAGAAAAGAAAUGGAAAGAGCGGAAAGUGAUAGAAAGAGUGUUAAAUGUGAAGACGAGGAAGAAACAAGGGAAAGGGAAAUACAGAAAUGUUUAAAUGAAUUUCAAGACAAUUGUGAUGAUAGAGAUUUUGUGGAUGAACAAGAAAUUGAUUUGGAGGAUGUUUUCAAAGGUCUUGAAGAAAAACAAGAUUCGGAAAUCGAAAGUCUGCCAGAUCUGCCCCCCAGGGCUCCUUCGCCGAAGAGAAAAAAACCUAAUCUUAAAAAACUCCAAGUGCAGACGAGAAUGAAAACUAUAAACUAUUCUAAACAUGCUACUUUGUUAUCUAAGGCUAUGUGCAACAGUCGAAUACGUUUACUUACUAUCGAAGAACAAAAAGAGAAGUUCAACGCGAAGCUGCAAACUCCAGACUUCGUGCGAGCGCCUUUCAAGUGCGCCAUUUGCCUCUGUACGUCAUUUCGCUCGCUCGAGGAUCUGGUUAUUCAUCUCGAAACUUAUAAGUCCCAGAGUAAAAAACACAUUUGUGCAAUAUGCAAGCGUCGGUAUGAAACGGAGGCACAGUUGACCGCCCACUCUGCCAAGAUGCAUUGGUAUGAAUAUGUAUGCAACACAUGCGGGAAGAAGUGCGAUACCUAUUACGAUAUAGUGUACUGCUUUGAGAGUCACCUGAAACAUGGGAAAAUGAUACUUAAUAACGCCUUUAUAAGAUUGCCGCUUUGCAACGAAGCUAUGUAUCACACUAUGGACAAGUACACGGGUCUCAAGGAAACAAUUGUAAAAUGUACCCAAUGCAACAUUGGCUUUCAGAAAAUCAAAGAAUUAACAGCACAUCUAAGUCUGCACUUAUCCCCACAGAAUGCAACACAGCAGAAACAAAUGUUCGAAUGUGACAUAUGUCACUUGAUGUUCACCAAGCGCAACAAACUGUCCACCCAUAUGAAGCAAUGGCACCUAUAUUCGUACACUUGCAACUCGUGUAGUGACAGUUUUAUGAACUGGCAGCAAGUUGUCUAUCAUAUGAAACACAACAUCUGUAAAGUAGACAAGGCCAGCAAACAUAUGACAUGCAGAUUCUGCAAUAAGGUGGUCAAAGUGAAAACAUACGGAGGAUACAAACACAUGUAUUUAUAUCACUUCACGCAACAUUUCAACGUGCAUUGCAACUUAUGCGGCGAAUCCUAUGAGUCCAACUUCAACUUGUACCGACAUCAGAUUGCGAAGCAUGGCUAUGCGCGAAUAAACCACCACGAGCUUGGCGAUCCUCGUUACCACUGUGCCCACUGCAAAUUCUUUUUCGCUGACGACAAAGCUUUUCAAGAACACGUAGUGAGGUACGGGCACGACGAGGUUAAAGACAUUCCAAAUGGGUGCACAAUGUGCAGACAAGUAUUCGAGAACGUGGAACAACAGCGUGAUCACAUCUGUAAACAACCCUACGGCUCUCGAUAUAAAGCUUUAUAUCCAAAAACUUGCUGCUACUGCGAUGUCCAGCUCAGCUGCCAUCUCGAGUACUCCACACACAUGCACACGGUUCACAGAGAGCUAACAUACAUGCCUCUCUCUGGUUACGACUUGUGCGAGCGCUGCGGCAAAACGGUCUACAAAAGAGGUAUGGAGUCGCACAUAAAACUCCAUCACGACACUACCGUAAAAUCAGUAUCAUGCAGGUACUGUCCAGAUAUGUUCAACAACCACACGUCGGCUGUCAGUCAUAUGUUAACCAACCACACGCAUAAGCCGUACCUCUGCGCUAUUUGUCCAUUGCGUUUUAAGCAUCGAUGCGAAGCGCGGGACCAUAUACUCAAGGUACACACACCAGUCAUGCUGUACUAUUGCAGUACUUGUGAUCGCCGCUUUUCACAUCUGGACUAUCUCAACGACCAUUCUGUCAAGAUUCACGGCACCAACAUCAAAGGGCGCUCUGUUUACCUUCCUCGCAGGAAAGCAAGGCGUAUUGUGGUAUACCCACACAUGAAGAUAGAUUGUACACUAAUUGAUAAAGAAUACUUGGAAAAGGCAGAAAUUGAAAUUUGUGAUUAUAUGGAUGAAAAUGAUAAAAAACUGGACAACUAUUUAGAAUAUGUCGUGUUCAAUAAUGCAGGCGAAACAAUUGUUAAGGCCAAAAAAAAGAAACCAUAUAAAUAUAAAAAGCAGAAAAAGACAACAAAUAUAAUUGAUAACAGGAACAUAAUGUACGUAAAGAAUAUUAAAAUCCCCACCGGUGAUAACGUACCUGUUACAUCAAGAGUUAAUGAGUUAACUAGUAUUUGUAAUGACGGGAGCUGCGAUCCUCACAAUACAGUGGAAGCUAGACAAGUUGAGAAGGCUCUGAUUGAAGAUGUUUCACAAGAGGAUAUUGAUGCCGAUGAUGGAGUAAAUGACGAAAGUAUGGUUGAAUAUAUAAAUGAAGAUGAAAGUAUGGUUGAUGACGUAAAUGAAGUUCUUAUUGAAAACGUAAAUGAAGAAACAAUUGGAGGACACCAAGAAGGUGUAGGUGGUGACAUCAUGGAAGUGGACAUGUUAGAUGAUCUAUACGAAAAUCAUGACGUAAUUGAUGUGGCCGGUUGUGAAUAUGUUAUGGCAGGUGGAACACUUUAUAAAAUUAUUAGAGAAUAAUGAAAACAUAACGAAAUGUUGGUCGUUUACUACCCUUCCCAGUGGAGAAUAUUUUUAAUUAUGUUGUUUUUAAGUGAUUAUAACAAUGAUAUGUACGGUUGUA